AUGAAGAAUGAAAUUAUGAAUUUGUUUGAAGAGGACAAAGACCGAGCUCGUCGGUUUGCAAGAAAGGCUGAGAUUGGAAAUGAAUUUAUAUAUUAUGACUUCUCAAAGACUCAUCUCACUGAGGAAAUAAUUGAUGGAUACCUGGAGAAGAUGAAGGACUUUGGAAAGAAGAUUGAUGGGAUGUUCAGUGGAGAGAAAAUAAACUUCACUGAGGACAGAAAGGUUUUGCAUGUGGCAUUGAGAGACAAGGAGGUGCUAAGAAUGGUUGAUGGAGGCAAGGAUGUGAAGUUAGAUGAGGAUCGUAGGAUGGUCUAUGACGAGCUGAUGAAGAUCAAAAGGUUUGUCGAGGACUUUGACAAUGGGAGGAUAUGCGGAGUUACAGGGAAGAGGCUAGCAACCAUCGUCAAUAUAGGAAUAGGGGGAAGUGAUCUCGGGCCAAGGAUGGUGUGCGAUGCCCUAAGCCACUAUGGCAGGAAGGGGAUGGAAACAUACUUCAUCUCUAACAUAGAUGCAACAGAUACGAUCAAAGUUUUUGAGAAGAUUGAUCCUGAAAGGGCCUUGUUUAUUGUAGUGAGCAAAACAUUUACGACUCUUGAGACAAUAAAGAAUGCAGAACUUGCCAUGAAAUUCCUAGAGAAAAGGCUGGGAAAGAGCAAAUCAGAGAUUGCAAGCAAGCACUUUGUCGCAGUGAGCUCGAAUGUGGAAGAGGUCAAAAAGCAUAGUAUCUCAAGAGUGUUUUCGAUGUGGGAUUUUGUUGGAGGAAGGUUCUCCUUGUGGUCUGCUGUAGGGAUGUCCAUAGCCCUUUAUAUAGGAUUUGAUAACUUCAUGAGAUUGCUUAAGGGAGCCUCUGCGGUGGAUGAGGAGUUCAGGAAGAAUAAAGGAAAGUCAAAUGCUGAGAUGGUUCAUGCGAUUGUGGAGAUAUUCUACUCUGAGAAUGGAUAUAACAACAAAUGCCUGGUUUCCUAUGACCAAUACAUGGAGAAGUUUUACUUAUAUUUACAGCAGGCAGAGAUGGAAAGCAACGGUAAGCAAUCAGAAAGGGGUGAUACAGGAUUGAUUAUAUGGGGAGGGCUGGGAACGAAUACCCAGCACUCUUUCUUCCAGUUGCUACAUCAAGGCACAAGGAAGAUAUUGGUUGAGUUUCUCAUGCCUCUUAAGCCACUACAUUCUGAAGAAGAGUACCACAAGUUGGUUGUUUCGAACUGCUUAGCACAGAGUAGGGGCCUUAUGGUUGGAAAGAAGGAGUCCACCCCUGAGAAAUCAUUUGAAGGAAACAAGCCGAGCAUUACUAUCUGCUACUCGAUGCUUACUCCUGAGACACUUGGAGGAAUGAUAGCACACUAUGAGCACAAGAUAUUCAUUCUAGGGUUGUAUUGGGGGAUCAACUCUUUUGACCAGCCUGGUGUUACCUUAGGAAAGAAGAUAGCCAUUGAAGUACUUGAAACCCUUGAAAGCAAGGAAGAUGGAAAGUAUGACGGAUCGACAAAUGAGAUCCUCUGUCUGAUAAGGCGUUGCAGGAAAUGA